GCUCCACGUCGUCGCGGUAGGUUACGGUUGCACCCCAACGCACGUAGGUGCAUCCGUGUGCCUGUUGGCUGUGUCAACUUGGCAGCGCUUUACAGCUGCAGGAACAUGGAUUCACAGAAGGAUGUUCAACCUCCAAAGCAGCAGCCAAUGAUUUACAUUUGUGGAGAAUGUCAUACAGAAAAUGAAAUAAAGGCAAGAGAUCCUAUCAGAUGCAGAGAAUGUGGCUACAGAAUAAUGUACAAGAAAAGGACAAAAAGAUUGGUGGUUUUUGAUGCCCGAUGAUUUCUGCUGAAGAUAUAGUGACUUUAUGCUGCAGUUUAAUCUUUCUGAUAACUUUGCUCUGUAAAUCCAUUGGUGUACAAAUGCACACUCCUAUUUGUGUUUUAAGAUAUUGAAAUAGUAAAGUUUACCGUGAUACU